AUGCCAGAACAUCUUAUGCAGAACAGUCCCUUAGGUCAACAGUUGGAUAACAUAACGAGCGGUAAUCCAAACCCGACCUAUCGCCAAAUGAUGGGAGGUCUGUAUGGCCAAGGAUUUCCUCCUCCUCCUCCUCAUCCUCAUCAUCAUUAUAAUUACGGUGUUGGUCCUAUGGGUGGUUAUGGUGCUGGUUAUGGCUAUAGUUAUUAUUGGGGCGGGUAA